AUGUGGAAGAGUGUAUCUGAAGGAUCCAAGCUUUGCUUCCUCCUGGCCAUAUGCUCUGCACCCACAACACUCCUGCCCCCCUACGACGGGAAAGCUUCCCACCCUGAAGAGGACAAGUCCAAAUUCCUUGAUGACGCUGGAAAACGCCAAUAUCAGAUGUUGGUUGGCAUGGCCCAAUGGGCCGUGACCAUUGGACGAAUGGACAUUGCAUAUGCAGUCUCUUCGCUCAAAAUUCCCAACAAGCAACUGCCUGUUGGCUCGCGUCCGCUUGAACUUUGCCCGAAACUGACAGCGACCAAAGGUACAUUCAAGGCAGAUUUCCUUGAAGAGUAUCCGGAUGCAAAGGAGGACCGAGAUCCCAAGGAACUCAAGACCUUUGGAAAGCCAGUACAAACAAGUGUCUUCUUUGAUGCCAAUCUGGCACACGACCUAGUUACUCGGCGGUCCAUAACUGGACUCCUUGUCUAUGUCAAAAGCACCCUUGUUUCAUGGACCUCCAAGCGUCAGGGCUGCAUCGCGUCGAGCACAUAUUGCUCUGAAUAUAUCGCUAUGCCCGCGGCCACAGAAGAGGCAAUCUCCAUCCAAUAUAUGCUCCGUUCACUGGGUGUUCCUGUAGAGGAGCCUACCAAUUUACUUGGUGACAACCUGGGAGUCAUCCAGAGCGCUGCCAUGAAGGAUGCAGAUCUUAAGAAGAAACAUGUCACGAUUUCUUACCAUUGUGUUUGUGAGGCCGUUGCAGCUCAAAUUAUCAAACCAAUUUGA